CGGCGCUGCAGCUACAAAUGUGCUGUUUGCCGGGCGGCGGCUCGCAGUUGCUCUACACGGGGCACUGGAAGAGGACAUGGAUCGGCCCGUCGUCGUUCUACUGGUUGCUUUGGCGACGGCAAGCGCCGUCAAGGUCCCCGAAAGCGGGUACCUGUUCACGGCACCCAAAGUACUUCAGGCUGGCACAGAUGAACGUGCCUGCCUCAGUCUGUUCAACCUACCCGGGCCGAAUCGCGCUCUCAAGCUGAAGUUCUACGAGCGCGACGUUCCAAGCAGUCUGUCGACCACGCUAGAUAAGAGCGAUUUCCUGCUGUUUGAGACAAACACUGCAGUGCCGGACAGCGUCGCAGAGAAUGGAGAGUACUGCUUCGACAUCACCAUUCCAUCCAAGGUGGUGGCCCGCAGUGCUGACAUGCACAUGGAGCUGACGGCUGGCGAAGGCGUCUGGAAGGAGGAGUCUGUGGUGACUCUGAAAUCGGAGACGUUCCUAACGCUGGUUCAGACGGACAAAUCCAAGUACCAGCCUGGUCAGAAGGUGCUCUUCAGGGUGGUUACACUCAGUCACGACCUGACCGCCCUCAACAAUGACCUGAAUGAGGUUUGGGUCACCACUCCGGACAACAUCCGCGUGGCACAGUGGAAGAACGUGAAAACCAACACUGGCAUGGUGCAGCUGGAACUGCAGCUGACCGAGGAACCACCUCUGGGCUCGUGGACAAUUCACGUGCUGACUACCCAGGACACCUACACCAAGCGAUUUACGGUGGAGGAGUAUGUUCUGCCAACAUUUGAGCUGGAGAUCGAGGCACCCGAGUCUCUUGAGAGCAACGAGAAGACUGUCACCGUUAAAGUUUGCGCAAAGUACACUUUCGGAAAGCCGCUUAUUGCUGCCAACGUAAGCAUCAAUGCCACAGCCAGAGGCAUUGGAAGCUGGCAAUACAACAAUAAUAAGGAUCUGCUGAGGAAUAUCUCAGACUAUCAGUUCAGCGACGAGCAGGGAUGUGCCAUAUUCGACCUGGUGGUCAGCAAGAUCGGCAUCGGUCAUCGCAAUAUUGGAGGCGGAAAUACGGUCAUCAUCACCAUCGAUGUGGAAGAGCAGGGUACAGGACUCCGGCAGGUUGAGGUCAAGGAGGUCAGUCAAGCGUAUUCCUUCAUCAACCUCAGGCAGAGCGACAACGCGCAGAAGUUCCUGAAGCCGAAGCUGCCCUUCUACGGAGAGUACACGCUGAGCAUGAGAGAUGGUAAGGCAGCGAAGAAUGAAAUCGUCAAGGUCUGCUACACAGCCAAGUACAAGGAGAGGGUCAUCAGUGACGAGAAGAAGCCAACUCCCGAUGACCCCGUUUAUAGCACACAUAAGAAGUACGAGUCGCACGUGCAGGCCGAGUUCGGCUACACGCCGUUCUUCUGGGAGACUUCGGAGCCCAAUCGCCGCACCACCGGUGGCGAAUGUCGCGAGUAUAAAACAGACGAAAACGGUCGUAUCGUCUACUAUAUCCCACCGCAGGCUGAGGACAUCGACUCCAUUGACAUCUCGACUUCUACCAGCGUCGGUGGCGAUUCUGACAGUUCGCACUCCACUUUGAGGGCGUUCUUCUCGCCUUCCCACUCGUACCUGAGCAUCGACGCGCACGAACUUCCCGAACAGCUGCCCUGCUCCGGAGAUGUCACUGUGAAACUGCUCUCAACUGAGGAGGGACCGGUGCCAGCCAUGGUUUACAAGAUUCUGUCCCGAGGCAAGAUCAUCAAGGCGGGCAACAUGAACACUAACACGCUGACGUUCCCGGUGCUGCCCAAGAUGGGCCCCGAGUUCAAGCUGCUUGUCUACUACAUCAAGGAGAGUGGCGAAGUGGUCAGCGACUCCAGGGUCUUCAAGGUCGACAAGUGCUUCCCCAACACUGUCCAGGUCAGCUGGGAUCAGAAGACGGUCAAGCCGGGAGACUCCGCUUCGUUCACCGUUCGUGCCGCUCCCAACUCCGUCUGUGGAAUCAGCGCUGUGGACAAGAGCACCGAACUUCUGGGCACGUCCAACCAGAUCACACUGGACACUGUGUUCAGCAAGCUGCAGCAGUUCAUCAUUCAUAGCUUCGAGAGCCCCAACCAGGUCCGCAGCGAUAGCGAUUACUGCAAGGAGCUGCAGUCUUCACUGGUAGACACUCUGCGAAGCGGAGGCGCCACGGUGGCUGAACUUACUGGCCAGUCAACCCCGGAGGAAACGCCGGAGUCUGAAACCAGCGGAGCUGCCCAGUCGUCGCGCUUCAUCCCUCCACCGAUACGGUCUCAGCGAUUCCGCACGGAUCGCGAGGACGCCAUCAAGCCUUUCGAUGAAGCCGGCUUCCUCGUUCUCUCCAACCUGGCCCUGGAGACUCGGCCCUGCUACAAGAGAGUUCAGGCCAAGGAACUGCCAGAGCUCACCGAGGAUAAAAUCCAGAGUUUCAGCAAGAAGCACAAAUACCGCGGUGGCGCAGCCAGACUGCCAGCUCCUGUGAUGGCCGUCGCCGGCGUGGAAAUGGACAGCGAUGUGGCUUAUGAUGAAGAUAAUGACGGUGUUUUUGCUGUGGAAGCUGAAAAAGAUCAGGUCCGCGACUUCUUUCCUGAGGCGUUCCUCUUCAGCAUUGAAACUCUUGAUGCGGAGGGUGUGAAGACUAUCACCUCCGAGAUGCCCGACACCAUCACCUCCUGGGUCGGAUCAGCCAUCUGCACCAACAGCAAGGACGGAUUCGGCAUCUCUAACAAGACCAGCAUCACCACCUUCAAGCCGUUCUUCACGGAGGUGUCUCUGCCGUACUCGAUGAAGCGUGGUGAGAUCCUGAACAUGUCUGUCAGCGUCUUCAACUUCCUCGACUCGAGUCUCUCGGUUUACCUCGAAGUUGGUGCCUCUGACCAGUAUGAGAUUAGCGGAGAGGUCGCCAUGGGUCUCUGCAUUGCGGCCGGUCGCACUGAGGUCAGGUCGUUCCCGGUCAACUUCCUGGGUCUGGGCGAGGUCAACAUCACAGUCACGGCCAGGGCACAGGACGGAUACUGCGACGAAGGCAACACCAUCGCGCCGGGCAGUGACACCGUCAUCCGACCAAUUGUCGUCAAACCAGAGGGAUUCCCUCAAGAAGUGACCCACUCUCGCUUCAUCUGUCUCGACAAGGAUGACGACCACCACACGGAGACGGUGAACCUGCCGGUGCCGGAAGGUCUGGUGCCCGACUCUCAGCGCGCCUACUUCUCCGUCAUCGGAGAUCUUCUGGGACCGACCUUCCAGGGUCUUGAGGGAGGUCUCAUUAGCUCGCCUACCGGUGCCGGUGAGCCCAACAUGAUCACUCUGGUGCCCAAUAUCUACAUCCGUCGCUACCUGGAGACAACUGGUCAGCUCAACGAGCGUCAGAAGCGACAGCUAGAACACAACAUGAAGAGCGGUUACCAGCGCCAGUUGCGCUUCAGGCGGUACGAUGGUUCGUUCUCGUCAUACGGAAAUGAGGACCCUCAGGGCUCCAUGUGGCUCACUGCCUUUGUUGUCAAGGCCUUCCGCGAGGCGUCCGAGUACAUCGAAAUCGAUGAGACUAUUAUUAACAAGGCUAAGGACUGGAUUCUGAGCAAACAGAACACCACUGGCUGUUUCCCGAGGUUCGGCGAGCUUAUUCACAAGGAGCUGAAGGGUGGCACCGAGCGAGGCGGUGAAGCGGCCCUCACGGCCUUCGUCAUGCUGGCUCUGAAGGACAUCGCAACCACUAAUGAGCUGGCCAGCGGCUUCGCCUGCCUAGAGGAUGGUCUUCUGCUCCCCAACAAGACACUGUAUUCGGAGAUUCUUUUGGCGUACACAUACUUGAAUAUGGGCCAAGAUGUCAAGGGAGAGAGGCUGGUGAACAAGCUGAUGUCGAAGGCCAAACGCGAGGGAGAUGACAUCCUGUUCUGGGAGGGCGACCGUGAUUCUCUAUUCGGUGGAAGCCGAGCCGUGGACGUCGAAAUGACUGCCUACAUGGCUCUCUCGCUGAUGCACAUCUCCGGAAAGGGGAACAUGGAGGAAGCAGCGCGCGCCAUUCGCUGGAUCAACACGCAGAGGAACAGUAACGGAGGCUUCAAAUCCACUCAGGACACCAUUGUUGCUGUGGAAGCUCUGUCAGAGUUCGCGUCUCGCACGUUCGCCUCUGAUCUGGCCACGAGUGUGUCUGUGACUGCUGGAGGAGAGACUGUUCAGCGGAUGGUGGAUGGAGACAACAGACUGCUGUAUCAGGAGUCCAAGGUGCCAGACCUGACGCUGCCUGGCACCAUGAACUUUGAUGUCAGUCCGCCUGGCUGCGUGGUCUACCAGAGUAUCUUCCGAUUCAGCAGCACUCUAGAGGUGCCCGACCCUGCCUUCUCUCUCGGUGUGGCUGCCAAGAAGCGAGGUCGUACCGGCUACGAGCUGGAAGUAUGCACCAGCUUCCUCCGAAACUCUGGCGCCGUGGACCGCGCCAUUCUGGAAAUGGAACUGCCCUCUGGCUAUGUUGCUGUGGACAGCACCCUGAGGGACCUGCGCAGAGGCUCAGCUGUUCGCAGCUAUGAGAUCAAGGAAGGUAAAGUGAUCUUCACACUGCAAGGAGUGGCCGAAGAUAAGACCUGUCUGGAGUUCCGCAUUAUUCAGGAGAACGAAGUUGAGCAGCUGAAACCGUCCAUUGUGAAGGUGCACGACUUCUACCGUCCCGAGGAGAGGAACAUUCAGGAGUACGAGCUGACUCCCGCUGCUUAGAAAACUCCAUCGAUCUCUGCACGUCGUCUACGGCCCGUAGCACAGCUCUGACGGCCCGAGCAGAUCAUACGGCCCGUACUGUAUGCUUACGGCCUGUGCCGUAAGGCGGCGCGGACCGCGGUAGCGGACGUCAAAUCGUAGCUGUGAAGGCAUUGGCAUUUCCCGUAUGACCAUAGGGGCUUGAUUUUCGAAUAGCUUGCUAGAUCGACUUUCUGUGUAUGUAUCCAUUGGUGGUUGGCUGAAAAGGGGCACGCACCGCCGUUUAGUGAUGCUGCUUGAUAUUAAAAUGCUUCGAACGUAUAUUUAGGCAGCGAAUCAGUUCUGUUUGUACGCCAUAGUCCAUGCUUAUGGUGCUUCGUUUGUCAAAGACCAAGUCAAGUGACACCCUGUUCAGGAUGUUCUCAGCAUAAGAUUGAGAACAAUGUAUGUCCAUCAUCAGUGGCUUUGAAAAGGGUAAUUCAGUACUUGUGACCUUACGUGCUGCUUUUAAAAAAUACACUUUUACCGUGGUA